AUGAAAUACUCAAAAGCUGGAAUUCUGAAGAAAAAGGUCAGCCCCGGCAGUGAUGUUUUGGAAGAAGAAGCCAAACUCAUGGAAGCAAAACUUGCUCAGCUGAGGGAUUUUAUGAAAAAUGAAAAGGUAAAAAGAGAACAAGCUCCUAAACAAAAAGAUGGCUCAAGAUGAAGAUCUGGAACCCAAAAUAAGCCAAAUGCGAAUUAUGCGGAUCUGGUUUUAAGUUAUAAGCCAAAGCCACCUAGCAACCAAAGCGCAAAACGACCUCAGAAAACUGAAGAAUUCAUACCUACGAGUGCAUUGAUUGGAGAGCCCACCUCUGUUAAGUCUGAAGAAACGCUUCCUUCUGAAGCAGAUCCGAUUAUGGACUUUUUGGCUUCAUGUGGAAUGGAAAAAUACUAUAAUUUGUUAAUUGAAAAUGGGAUCGACGAGCUUGAAAUUUUGCUUGAACUGACUGAAGAGCAUCUGAAUAAUUUGAAUAUCCCUCUUGGUCACCGAUUGAAAAUCCUAAAAAAAAUCAGAGAAAAUAAAAGCCCAUCAAGCCAAUCUGAACGAAUACCAGAAACCCCUCAAAAGCCUCAGCUCGUGCCUUUGCCUAUCAACCCAAGCUCAUUUGGGGAGACAAGAGACGCUGGAAUAGGAGAUUCCUCUAGUGAAGGAAGACUAAUUGAUGGAGACUUCAAUGAAGCGGAAUCCAACGCUAUGUUUAGAGAAGCCUUAGAAAACUUCCGUAGAGGAGGAAGCAUGACAAAGCAUGAUCCAAACCAAAGAGAUGAGUCUAAAGAGCUUAAAAAGGUCAGAUUUGUUGACCCUGUAACUGCUGAUAUGCUCCCAAAAGGAGGAUCUAAGCUAUUUUAUAGUGGAACUUGGGAGCCUGAUCAAGCAGCACUACCUGAUAAAUCUGAUGAAGGAAGUGGGUCAAAUAAACCACUUUUUAACGAAAAAAAGUCCUGCUGAAAUUGUUAUAAAAUAUUUUCUAAAGGAGAUGGCACCACAAAUGACGGGAAAGAAUUUUGUUCUCAGGAGUGCUCAGAUAAGCAUGUAGCUUCUAAGUCAAUAACUUGCAAAUGUGGCAGCUUAUUUUUAAAAACAGAUGGGAUUUUCAAUAGAGGAAUUUGGUAUUGUAAAGAAAAAUGCGCAGAAGAAGAUGAAAAUACACAAGAGCAAGAGAGAGAAGUUAAACGGGGAUUAUUUCAGCCCCUAGCCAGCCAAGCUUCAGCUUCAGCUUCGCACUUCAUGUGACGCUAGGCAAUAAGCCACAGCACCAAUGUCACCAAAAAAUGAUGACUUCACCAGUCUAUCGGGGACUCAACGAAACUACUUGGACUAAAAUUAUAGCAAGGACUCUCUUACAUCCUGCUAGCACUCAUGAUAUGAGGGAUAGUCCGAUACCUCCUUCUGGAACUACCUCUGUCAUUUAUAGGCGGCAUAAUGCUUCUCCAGAAGUGCCCGAUUGGUGUUUCGUAGUUGUUCUUCUCGAAUAUUAGUCAAAAGAAAGCCCAUCCACCCAGGAUCGAGUAUUGCCAUCUGCGAAUAUUUGGCCUUCUGCCUUUUUUCAGUCGAACUUUUCGGUUAAGUCCGUCUCUCCUAAGCAGCAUUUUUCUAUGACAGCAAAUAUACAAGAGCAAGAAGAAAAACCAUAUAAAGAAACUAAUGAAGCCAAUCAUGCUUUUGAAGAAGAAAAUAGCAUAGCAAGUAGCGGUGAGGGUGAAGAUUUUAUUGCGAUUGACCCAACAACUGGAGAUCCAAUUGAGAGGCGAAAUGUAAUAAUCAAUGGAUAA